AUGAGCUCAUCCUUUCCAAAAUCUGAAUCAAAGACCUCCUUACUGAAAUCAUCCUCGGCGGUGAGGAGACCGACACACCUCCCCGAACGCUCAGCAGAAAGCCGGAGAAGUCAGCAUCAGCACCAGCACCAGCAUCACCACCGUCCCGCUGCACUCCGGAGCAGCAGCAACGCCGAGGAGUCUUUCUGGUCUGCCGAGUGCGACAUCAGUGCCCGGAGACCCCUUUGUCACCCUUCUCUCAUCGGCAGCCCUGACAGCGAUAAUGCAGCCGCUCGGGUCAAGUCCAAGUCACAUGCACCUCACAGCGAAGUUCCCGACCCGCCGGAGGCAAACGGCGAGGCGGGCCGAGGAGUGAAAGAGCGCUGCAGGUCAUCCAAACCCACACACCGGCACCACCACCGCAGGAAGCACAACCGGGACCAGGAUCGUCCACCCCAAGCAGGAGGACCACCUGAAUCUGAACAUCCUCGUCGCUGUCACACCACGCUCAGCCGCCCGGUCCCCAGGGUGCCCUCUCUGUCGGACAGCAACGACGACAGAGCUCCUCUCUGUGAACCGCGGGGCCACAAGGGGGCCAGCUCGGCCAACAGUGGCGGUCAGGUCAGCAGUCCAUCCCCGUCCUCUUGCUCCUUGGUUCCGCUGUCCAGCAGGUCUUCACGCCGUUCCCGGAGGUCCAGUGCUGCUUCUUUUGGAUCCGACAUCAAUUUACGCACUAUCCUUAAUUCACUGUUUGGGCAGGACAGAGAGCUGCGGCCAGAGGAAAUGGAUGAGUUGCGGGAUGCUUUUAAAGAGUUUGACAAGGACAAGGACGGUUUCAUCAGCUGUAAAGACCUUGGAAACUGUAUGAGAACCAUGGGUUACAUGCCCACUGAAAUGGAGCUGAUAGAACUGAGCCAACAGAUAAACAUGAACUUGGGAGGUCAUGUUGAUUUUGAGGAUUUUGUAGAGUUGAUGGGCCCAAAACUCCUCGCCGAAACUGCAGACAUGAUUGGAAUAAAAGAGUUGAAAGAAGCCUUCAGAGAGUUUGACACUAAUGGAGAUGGUGCCAUAAGCACGUCGGAGCUCCGAGACGCAAUGAGGAAGCUGUUGGGUCAACAGGUGGGUCUAAAGGAAGUAGAAGAUAUCCUGAGGGAUGUUGACUUGAACGGGGAUGGGCUUGUUGACUUUGAAGAGUUUGUACGUAUGAUGUCUCGCUAAGAAUAUAGGACAAUCGGUCCUGAAUGUGAAGCUGCAUCCCUCUCUAUACUUGACCAAGUAUGACAGAGGACAAGCUAAGAUCUCUGAGCCAUUCGAAUCUGAAUGACACUGGAAAUAAAACUCCUUGAAUGUUACAGA